AUGGCGCCUCUCACGAACUUGGCCACCCUCCUCCUCAGCGCCGUAGCUGGCGCUGAGGCUGCCCAAGACUGGGACUCCUCGCUCUUCACCACCAGCCCUCCGGUCUACCCCUCGCCCAACAUGACCGGUGUCGACUCCGCCUCUCUGACCGGCUGGGCGGGUGCCCUGGAGAAGGCCGAGGCCCUCCUCAGCAACCUGACCCUGGAGGAGAAGGUCGUCCUGCUUACCGGUGCUCCGGGUCCCUGCGUUGGAAACAUCGCACCCAUUCCCCGCGUUGGCUUCAAGGGCCUCUGCCUUCAGGACGGCCCUCUCGCCAUCCGUCAGGCUGAUUAUGCCAGCGCCUUUGGUGCUGGUCUGACUGCCGCCGCUUCUUGGGACAGGGACCUCAUCCACGAGCGUGGCAGGCUCCUCGGUGAGGAGUUCCGUGGAAAGGGCUCUCAGAUUUUCCUUGGCCCCGUCGCUGGUCCUCUUGGCCGUAGCGGCAUGGCCGGUCGUGGCUGGGAGGGCUUCUCGCCUGACCCAUACCUCACUGGUGUUGCCAUGGAGGAGACCAUUCUCGGUGUUCAGAGCGUCGGUGUUCAGGCUACGGCCAAGCACUGGAUUGUGAACGAGCAGGAGACUCAGCGCAACCCCGAGGACACCUUCGAUCCCAACCACGAGCCCAACGAGCAGGAGCAGAUGUCCGUCUCUUCCAACGUCGAAGACCGUACCAUCCACGAGCUCUACGUCUGGCCCUUCGCCAACGCCGUUCGCGCUGGUGUCGCCAGUGUCAUGUGCAGCUACCAGCGCAUCAACGGCUCCUACGCCUGCCAGAACUCCAAGACCCUGAACGGCAUCCUGAAGACUGAGCUCGGCUUCCAGGGCUACGUCAUGUCCGACUGGAUGGGCACCCACAGUGGUGUUGCCUCUGUUGAGUCUGGUCUUGACAUGACCAUGCCCGGUGCCUGGAACUGGCAGCCUCUCCUCGACGGCGUUCCUUCUUACUUCGGUGGCAACCUCACCAAGGCUGUCGAGAACGGCACCAUUCCUGAGACUCGUGUCGACGACAUGGUCAAGCGUGUCCUCACCCCUUACUACCUUCUCGGCCAGGACGAGGGUUUCCCCGGUGUCGACCCUUCCUCUGGCGCCUACCCCGCCGUUAACAACUUCCAGCCUGAGAGCAACUGGUACGAUGACUGGAGCGCCGCCGGUGCUCUCAACACCGAGACCUCUGUUGAUGUCCGUGGCAACCACAGCGUGCACAUCCGUAAGCUUGGUGCUGCUGGCACCGUCCUUUUGAAGAAUGUCAACAGCACUCUUCCUCUUAAGAGCCCCAAGAACGUCGCUGUCCUCGGCAAUGCUGCCGGCGAAAUCACCAACGGCCUUUACCCCCAGAGCACUAACUACGAAUAUGGCUGUCUCCCCGCCGGUGGUGGUUCCGGCAGCGUCCGCUUCAACUCCGUCAUCAGCCCUCUCGAGGCUAUCAAGGACCGUGUCGAGUCCGAAGAUGGCAUUGUCCAGUACAUCCUGAACAACACUCUGCUGACGACUGCCGGCUCCCUCGCCAGCCAGAUCUUCCCCGCCCCUGACGUCUGCCUUGUCUUCCUCAAGACCUGGGCUGCCGAGGGUGAGGACCGCACCGACCUGCACGUCAACUGGGAUGGUGAUGAGGUCGUUAACCAGGUCGCCGCCAACUGCAGCAACACUGUCGUCAUCACCACCUCGGGAGGCCUGACGCUGAUGCCCUGGGCCGACAACGAGAACGUCACCGCUAUCAUCGCUGCGCACCUGCCCGGCGAGGAGAUUGGCAACAGCAUUGUUGACAUCCUUUACGGCGACGUCAACCCCUCCGGCAAGCUCCCCUACACCAUUGCGUACGAGGAGUCGGACUACGACUUCGCCAACAUCACCCUCUCGGUCGCCGACAAGAACGACACCAACGCUUGGCAAUCCGACUUCACCGAGCGCCUGCUCAUUGACUACCGCCACUUCGAUUACUACAACAUCAGCGUGGUGUACGAAUUCGGCUUCGGUCUUUCCUACACCACUUUCAGCCUCGCAUCCCUCUCCGUCACCCCUGCCUCGAACGCCACCAUUGCCGGCGCUCCUGCCGCCACGUCUGCCGUCACCCCUGGCGGUAACCCUGCCCUGUGGGAGACCGUCUACACCGUCAAGGCUACCGUCAGCAACACUGGCGACGUCGCCGGCGCCGCCGUGCCCCAGCUCUACGUCGAGCUCCCCGCCUCCGCCGGCGAGGGUACCCCGGUCAAGCAGCUGCGCGGCUUCGACAAGGUCCAGCUCGAGGCUGGCGAGAGCAAGGAGGUCGAGUUCCCGCUGAUGCGCCGUGACGUCUCGAUUUGGGAUGUCGUCCAGCAGGAGUGGAGCGUGCCCGAGGGCGAGUUUGCCGUCCACGUCGGCUUCUCCAGCAGGGAUGUGCAGCUGAAGGGCUCGUUCACCGUUUAA